AUGGAGGGUAAAGAGACUCGUUCAAGGAAAAGGAAGCUAAAAGAUGUCGACAACAAUAUUGAGGAGCCCAUUGCUAAAAAGGUGUCUCUAAAAGUUGUUAAAAGUUUAAAUUCUAAAUCAGUCCCCUCCAAAAAAGCUACCGUUAAGGUUAACAAAGAAACCAAUAAAAAUAAAAAAAUUAAACCCGAAAUCUUUGAAAAAGUCGAUGAGACAGAUUCAGAUAAUUUUAAUAAUCCAAAUGCUGAAUGUAACUCUCAAAAUGAUUUAUAUAGCAAUAAUUGGAAUGAAGCUGAAAUGCUGGCUUAUUUUGAGAAAGUUACUCCAAGUCUUGCACAAAAAUUUAUUUCUCUUCUAUCAGAUGGCUGCACAUUGCCAUUUAUUGCAAGAUACCGUAAGGAAGCUGUAGAACAUCUAAUGCCAGAUAGGCUUCAAGAAUUGUAUGAAAGCUAUCAAAAUGUUAUCCAGUUUAAAAAGAAAGUAAAGUCAGUAUUAGACACUUUGAAGAAAUCUAACAAGCUUACAGCAGAUAUAGAACAAAGUAUAUUAAAAACUAAAACUUUAUCUGAGCUGGAUUUAGUGUAUGGGCCAUUAAAGUCACACUCCCUAUCAUUGGCUGAAAGAGCUAGGAAGUUGGGCUUAGAAUCACAUGCCAUUAGAUGUCUAAAUGGAGAUUACGUUGACUUAAGGCUUCUAUGUGAUGACAAUGAAGAGCUUGUAACAGUAGACAAAGUUGAGGCUCAUAUUACACAUAUUGUUGCUGACAUUAUAUAUAAAGAUGCAAGGGUUCUACAAGAAAUGAGAACGUUGAAACAAGAAACAAGGUUUACUAUACAAAGCAGUAGAACUAAGAGUUCAACAAAGGAAAAGAAAGAAAAUGAUAACAAAAAGUCUGACACAAAGUCAGACCCAGAGACAUACAAACUGUAUUUUGAGUGGAAAUGCCCAGUACAGUUUGUUAAGUGUUAUCAAACAUUAGCUGUAAAUAGAGGUGAAGAUGAAAAGAUACUGUCUGUAAAAGUUGUUGUUCCAGAUUGGUUUUAUAAUAAACUUGAAAGGUUCUGUUUAACAUUAUGGAAAAGUAAUCAUUGGGUUCGCAAAGGCUUGGGAGAUGCAUAUAAUAGACUUAUCAAGCCAUGGCUUUCUAGACAAAUUAGAUCAGAUCUAACUACAGCAGCUCAAAAGGAAGCUGUGAAAACAUUCACUAAUAAUCUCGAAAAGUAUUUAUUGACAGAACCCAUAAAGAAUAGGGUAAUAGGAGGUUUGGACCCUGGAUUCAAAGCGGGAUGUAAGGUCGGCAUCAUUGACAACACUGGGGCAAAAUUAGAAGCCUGUAAUAUAUAUCCAAAUUUCCACUCAAACAAUGAUCCUGCUGCCAACCAAUUAAAAGGUCUUCUAGCAAAACACAGGGUAGAAUUAAUUGGCCUCGGCAAUGGCACGGCGUGUCGGGAAACCGAGUCUUGGCUAAAAAAGCACCACAUAUCGGACGACAUACCCGUCAUCAUAGUUCCUGAACAAGGCGCUUCCAUUUACUCUAUCAGUAAGGAAGCUCAAAAGGAACACCCCAAUAUGGACCCUAAUUUGAUAUCAGCGUUAUCGAUUGCUAGAAGAGUUUUGGAUCCUUUAGGUGAAUUGAUAAAAGUGGACCCUAAAAACUUAGGCGUCGGUCUCUACCAACACGACAUUCCGCCGAAGAUGUUGGAAACCGCACUGGAUGCUACUGUGGAAAAAGUGGUCAGUCUAGUGGGCGUCGACCUUAAUACUGCGUCACACGCCAUGUUAAGACGAAUAUCAGGAUUAAACGAUGGCCGCGCGAAAAAGAUCAUGGCGCACCGUCAAGAAAAUGGUGGUUUUAAAACAAGGGCUGAAAUUCUAAAAGUGAGCGGAAUAGGAAAGAUAACCUACCAGCAAUGUGCAGGCUUUCUCAAGGUGUUAGGUGGACCUGAACCUUUAGAUUCUACCAUUAUACACCCUGAAAGUUACUCUAUUGCUAAAGCAUUCGCUAAAAAGAUUGGAGUCAACAUAAAAGAGCUAACCCAAGCACAUUUUCCUCAACAAGUCGAAAGGAAAUGUGCUAACAUCGAUACUAUAUCGAUGAGUAAGGAUUUAGACACCGAAGUUAGUACAUUGGAGCUUAUAAUAAACGCGUUCAAACAGAAAGCGUAUGAAGACAACAUGAUCACAUUCUGCAGACCUGUGUACUCUAUGACUGUACAAGCAACUAGUCAGUUGGAAAAGGGAAUGUCUUUAACUGGCGUAGUACGCAAUGUAGUGCCAUUCGGUUGCUUCGUCGACUGCGGCGUCGGAGACGACGGCCUCAUACACACCAGCAACAUGGGCAAUGCUCUACUGAAGCUGGGCGAUCGAGUCGCUGUCACACUCAUAUCUACACCACGACCAAAGAAAAUACAGUUAAAGUUAGAAAAAAUACUUGAU